AUGGCUUUUGUUAUGGAUGUCCGCGAAUUUCAAGCUCUUUUGGUUGGCUGUUUCUCGAUCCAAGAAUUGGAACUUUUGAUCCAGUCUAUUUUGAUUCCGGAAGAGUGGUUCCCAAUGGCACAUGCUCGGCUGCCGGAACUCACAGCCCAAGAGAUACCAGUAAGUAAUUUGUUCCAUCUUAGUUCUUCGCUGAUCUCUUUGUUGUUGUUGUUUUAGUUUCAACGUUACGGUUAAUAGAAGCAAGUGUAAGAUUAAAAGUCUGACUAAACUAAAUUAUUCCUGCAGAUUGAAAUCAAUCAUGACACGGGUAAUGAUGAAGUCAACGAAGCUGAUGAGCUCGAGAAAUUUGUAAGUAUAUUUUGCCUGAACUUUAUGUCGGUUCUAAGUUUAAAUAGAAAAUUGAUCUUUAUUGUUCUCUCUCGUUUACUCUAGAUGCUAGGGGGUGUUAACGCAGGUUUUGAAACCGACGAGUUACUGAGCGAUUCGGUAAGUUUUUCGAAUAUGUUAUCUCACGAACUUUACAAACUUCACGCACAAUUUCAUUAGCUCAAGUUCGUUAUGUUAAUAGACUCGACUUGGUUUAGAUUUGCAUCUGACCUAUCGCGUAUCUUUUGUUAUCCUCGUUAAAGAAACAAAAGGACUCCAAACUCGAUUUGUUUCAACUUUUUAUAGACAGUUGUAAUAUAAUACUCAUCGAAUAUGUUUCUUUGCUUUACAAGUUUACAGCUGAAGAAAAACAGGUCGUAAAUGAGAUGGAACGUAUGGCGCUAGACAAGGUAAGGUUAAGUCCAUUUCCUUUUUAAUACGCAACGUAAAUGAUUUGUUUAGUGAUGAAACAACAAUACGAAUCUGCUAGCUUACCCGUUCAAUGCCCACCUAUUUCUUAAAAUGAGCGAGAUUUCAAAACCUAAAGUAAUCUGAUUUCUUCUCUUCUUAUCUAGAAUAACGAGUCGGCACCGUUAUCAACGCAAGAUACAUAGGAUAAUUUCUUGGAUGAAGUACGUUUUUCAUUUCAUGAUCAUUGAAUUAUUUUGCUUUCAUUAAAUACAGUGUUCAUUGUGCGCCAAAUCUUACGUUGUUAUCUUUUAUUUACCUGCAGUGGAAAGGUGAAGCCAGUGAAUUACCCACUUGGAACCCGUCCAAAACCGUAAGUGGUCUUUCAUUUUCACUUGUUUUAUAGAACUGAUACGCCGAAUACGCUAUGAAGAAGUACGAACGUUCCAUUUUAAGUUUUUGAAAUGUAUACCUUUUGAAAAUUAAAUUCUUUAGGCUCACCAAAAAGACAAUAUCAUUAAUUCCAUCGUUUAUGAGAGUCAGAAGAAUAUAAAAGUUACAUUUGGCUUGUUAUUUAUUAUUUGAAGGCUUAAAUAGUUUAUUCUCAGUUAUCGAUUCCGCUUUUCACUGAUCAAAUAUUAUCUUCUCUCAAAGUGAAUUCGUUUUUGCGGAUGAUUGCACCCAUAUUACAAAUUGCCCUAUUCUUCUGUUCAAAAUAAACACAAAGCAUUCGCUCAAUGUUAUAAUAUUCAGUCAUCAAGCCCAGUUGAAGAAAAUGGACAGCGUAUUAUAUACUCAAACAGGUAUCACACCAACUUAAGUUUUUUCCACUAAGCAGUUGAAUGUAGCAUUAUAGCAGUUAUUAUAAUAGUAUCCCCCGAUAAUGAUCUCUGAAAGUCAGUUGUGUUGUGGAUCAGUACACAUUAAAUUAAAUUUAUUCUGUUGAUUCAACAUCAAAAACAAACCAACUAACCAAUUGUUGAGUUAUCACGUUCAUUGUAGAAAAAUCGAGUCUAUCAGAGUUAGUUUAGCUUUACACUUAGACUAGGUCAUAUUUACUAAUUAUAGGAAAUUCAAUCCGGGGAAGGUGAACUCCCAGCGAAAAAGCCUCGCAAAGAGCAUCGUUGUGACACCUGCGGUAAGACCUUUACUCGCCCCAAUUAUCUAAUAACUCUCGAACAUAUGCAUACUGGGGAGAAACCGUACGAAUGCACCCGCUGUGAUAAGAAGUUUUCAGACAAAUCUGCUCUUAACCGACACCUGAAAGCGCACGAGAAACGAGCCUUACAACGCACUUUCACUUGUGGUACAUGUGGCGAAACUUUCCACAACUGCGCCCCUUACAACGCUUAUAUUCGCACCGCUCAUCAACAACCCGUCGCUGCAACUAGAAAACGCACUGCUCAAAAAACUACAGAUGCUCCGUCCACGAAAAGACCUAAGAGAUCGGACCAAACAAGUACGAGUACCGCUUCAGAACCAGCUUCCACAGCAAGUGCUGAAAACGGCGCUGCUAGCUGGCAACCUGAUCUAUUCUCAUUCCAGCCAACCUUGAUCCAGCUAGCGAAGAAAACAUCACCCAAACAUACUGGCAACAUUGGCCGCAGAUCCGUACGCGUUUUAGCCGCCACAAUCGUUUACAAGACUGGUACAAUUUCCGCCUGUCUUCGAUCAGUCCUGCCUCCCUCCGCGAACAACUUAACCGCAUCUUUGCUGACCAGAGCACGGUUUUCAAAGUCAACUUUUCCUUUGCUUUUAUUCUCCGUAACAAAGAAACUGCAGCCAUCCAGUACCACCACCCUUCUGCGAACAACAAUUUGGUGCUAGAAUAGCUGUUCCUGAUUUCAAGUCCAGA